AUGGCGACCACACCCAAGCCGCGUCGCCGGUCACCCCGAGUGUCUGAUGGCUCGGAAGCAUUGACUCCAGUAGGAGACACCACACUCACAGGGUUGCAACGUCUCCCCGCUCACACAAAAUACCCCCUCACUCCCAGCCGAUUCGCAUCCACCACCCCCUCCGCGAACCGAUACACCCCGCGAAACAGGGGCGCCGGCGCGCCGUCCACGCCGUAUCGAGUGCAGGCGCUGCAACGACGCGCCGCGAACACGCCCGGACGCGAUCGUAGACGAAGCGGGCGGAUCCAGCGCGAGACGACAUUCGAUAUCCUCCGCAACCUGGGGAAAGCCCUUGCCCCGACCACCCAGCCUAUACAAUCUUCGCCGCAGGAGCAAGUAGAGUCUUCGCCAGAGCCAGAACCGGAGAGAGAUGAAAUCGAAGACUUGGAUAAUGAGCCCGAAAUUGAGCGCCCUCGUUUGUCGCUGCCGCUCGAUGAGGUGGAGGAGGUAGAUGAGGAGCCGGAGAUGCACCCACCCCGGCUGUCGUUGGCGUUUGAGGAGGAAGAUAUUACGGUCGAGUAUCCUCGACGGGCUAUGAGUGAGCAUGAUCGGAAUAGAUUGUCGAUGAUGAGUGUGGGUGGCCCGCGGAUGAGUGAGAUUGGGGCGGCGACUGGAUUAGAGAGUGAGAGUGAAGAUGGGGACGAUACGGGGAUUGUACAUGGUGAUGAUGGAGGUGAAGAUACGGUUCUUACGCAAGGGGACUUUGACGGAGGAGGUGAAACGGAAGAUCUUGGACGGUUCAACUUCGAGUUUAAUUUCCCGUCGCCGCCUGCUCCUGGCGCAGAAUUGGACCAAGAGGAGCCCAUCCAUGACGACGAAGGGUUCGAGCUCUCGAUGGACAUGCCAAUGGACACUGGGGCAGGGUCUGAUGAUGCCGACAGCGUGUCCAUCGCUGCUGGCGACUUCGGCAUGGAGCUGCAAUCGCCGCCGCCCGCUCCGGUGGCACUAAGUGAGAGCCAGAGUCCAGGUAUUGCCGGAGGGGGGCUGCGGGACGAGGACCGCUACGUCUCCGGCGCGAAACAGAAGAAGCUCUCCCGACAUGGCAUUCCCGUGCCCAACCUUCCCGUCGGAGUCGUGAAGAAGCUGGCCACCCGGUUUGCGCGGGCGCGGAACGGGUCAAAAGCCAAGAUCAGCAAGGAGACGCUGGCUGCGAUUGAGCAGGCUUCAUCGUGGUACUUCGAGCAAGCAAGUGAGGAUCUGGCUGCGUAUUCCAAGCACGCGGGGCGCAAGACUAUCGACGAGAGCGAUGUGGCAACCUUGAUGCGGCGGCAACGGCAUGUUAACCAGUCCACCACGAUCUUCUCGCUGGCGCAAAAGCACCUGCCCAAGGAGCUGUUGCAAGAUAUGAGAUUGGCGAUGCCACCAUGA